UGUGAUUUUAAGAUAAUAAAAUAACAGAUGGAACCUACAGACUUUUAUUGGCACUGAUUUCAUCAGCUGUCUAUUUCUCGUCUUUUUAUUUAAUUCUAGUUUGGAAUCAUUUGGAGUAAGGACGUUUCGUUGUCCAAAGGUACUCGGCUGAGCUAUGAAUCCCGCAUUCGUUUUCUGCUUUUUCUUGAGUGAAAUACACUUCACAUAUGGACAGUUUCCUUAUCUAGGAAAAUGCCCAACGCCAGAUGUAAAGGAAAAUUUCGAUAUUGAAAAGUUUUCAGGGAGGUGGUACGAAAUUGAAAGAACUAUGUCUGUGUUGGAACUAGGUGCCACUUGUGUAGCAGUCAACUACACUGAUGCCGGAUAUGGAGAUGGAUCCAUUGAAGUCAUAAAUGAAGGCAUGAGUCCUGUGUUGAAACUUCGCAAGAGUGUCCGUCUUGUUGCCACUCUGCCUGACAAAAACGAGCCGGCCAAAUGGAGUCUCAGACUAAGCGAUUUGAGCCUCAAGACCGGCUAUUGGAUACUUGAUACUGAUUAUGACAACUAUGCUGUCAUUUGGGCAUGUAAUCACAUUUGGCUGACUUUCAAAUAUGCUCGCACAGAAAAUCUGUGGAUACUGUCUCGAGAGAGAACCUUGUCAGAAGAAAUAUCGAAUAAUAUUCACGCAAAACUGGAUGAGAUGAAAGAUAUUAAAUCCAGAAAACUACUCAGGAAAGUAAAUCAGGAAAACUGUGACUAAAUUGGUUUUAAAAAAUAAAGAAUAUUAUGCCAUGGC